GCCAAUUCCCACCGCAAAUGAGAGAGUACAAGGGUUUACAUAAACCCUAAACCCUUGAUUCUUUCUCUUUCGUUCUGUGCAGAAAAAAAGAAAAGAAAAGAAAAAAUGUCAGGCAAAGGACCUGGAUUCUUCUCUGAUAUCGGCAAGAAAGCCAGAGAUAUUCUUACUAAGGAUUACAACUCCGAUCAAAGAUUCACCAUCUCUUCCUCCUCCGACACUGGUCUCGACUUGAAUUCAACAUUGGUGAAGAGUAGAGGACUCUCCUCUGGGGAUGUGGCUGCGGAAUUUAAGUACAAGAACAAAACCGUUCAUGUCAAAGUUGAUACUGAAUCAAAUGUGUUGACAACAUUUACUAUACCAGAUGUUGUUCCUUCCACGAAAUCCAUUGCUUCUAUAAGGCUACCUGAUUACAACUCUGGCAAGUUUGAGGUUCAGUAUCUUCAUGAUCAUGUUGCUUUUACUACUGCUGUUGGUUUAAACCGCUCCCCUGCUAUUGAUUUUUCUGCAACAAUUGGUACUCCCAGUAUUGCCUUUGGAGCAGAAACCAGCUUCUCCACAAGUAUUCGCAAGUUUACAAAGUACAAUGCUGGUGUGUGCUUGAAAAUGCCAAGUUCCAAUGCUUCAGUAAUUUUAGCUGACAAGGGAGACUCCAUGAAGGUGUCAUACUUGCACGAGCUAGACCGAUUAAAUGGGGGAGCUGCUGUGGGAGAGAUUAGCAGAAGGUUCUCUACAAAUGAGAACACGUUGACAGUUGGAUGUUCAUAUGUGGUUGAUCCUCAGACAGUUGUGAAGGCAAAGCUGAACAACCAUGGAAAUCUUGGGGCCUUAUUGCAGCAUGAGCUUACACAUAAGUCAUUCUUGACAAUCUCAGGCGCAUUUGAAACACAGGCUUUGGAAAAGAGUCCCAAGUUUGGUUUCUCACUCUUGCUCAAGCCUUAACUAAUUUAUAAAUUGGGGUAAUACGUUAAGUUAUAUCGUCAUAUGUUCCUACAAUUAAGUUGUGAAUGAAAGGAGGAAAGUUUAGCAAAUUGGUAUAUAGAUUGUUGAUGUCUUCUCCCCCCCUUCCCCUUCCCCUUCCCCCAUUAUCUUCAAAAGAUUGAUUGGACGUCUUGAGAUUAGAAAGGUGUUUUCACCGGGAAUGAAUUUUAAAUUAUUGAUAGCAUGUGAUUCAAAACUAGU